CACUGUCUUGUUUAUGUCAAAAUUCAAUUGUCAAGUGUCAUGUCAAAACGUUAAGUAGGAAUUUGGUUUCGUAUGUGAUUGUAUUCGUUUUAUUUACCAUUUUAAUCGCAUUCGGUGCUUCUAUUUUGUAUUAAAACUAAUCGAUCGUCGUGCAAAGCGCGAUUUCCAUCCAUUUUAAACGCACCUCGAUGGCCAAACAACGUGUGAGGAGCAACAAUGCCAAACUCAAGGCGAUUCGCUCGAAGAACGUGAAGAACGGCGUCGUCAAAGAAGGCGUGAAAACGAGACCGGCGGGAAAAGUGCAAGAUGCCCGGCAGAAAAUCAUACAGAAAAAAAGAACCUCUGUGAACGAUGCUCGAGACGUGCUCUCGAAAAUGGCCAAGACCCAAGACGCCCGGAACAAAAUUAACAAACUGAGGAACGGGCGACCCGACGGCGCUUCCACCAACACCAAUGUUAGAUUAGUUGGUAACAACAUAUUGAAGAAAACCGAUCGCAACGGUAAAAUAAGCUUAGUCACCAACAAAGGUAGAAAGAAACUAGAUAUAAACUACGCCAUUCAAAAGCAACUAGGCCUAGUUCCUAACAAUCGACCCUCGCCCAAGAAAGUCGCCGCUAAAAGAAACGCUGCUGUAAAUACCUCGAGAUCUCCCCCCGUCGUAAGAAAAGUUCUUGAGCAAGAUAUCGAAGAGUCCGCUGAGGCACGAAGGUCUUUUAAUCCCACCGUUUACAAAUGGGUACGACCGGAAUUAAGAGAUAAUUCUGCUUCGCAAAUGAUUAAUUCAUUGGAAGCUACUAGGCAAGUUAUGAGGGAGGCCCUGAGAGAAGAACUGAGCAGCGGAUGGCCAACUUUUGCAUCACACAAUUCGUAUCAGAAAAUGGCAGGCAUCUACGAAAAAGGCCCACUAAGGACCCCACAAUCCAUAAGGAAUUCGUCUCGCCUUCAGCCAUCUUAUGUAGAUUUAGAUGAUGUCAUGGAUGAGGAAAUGCCGAUGGCUCCGACUUCACCGCAAAUUAUCCUAAAAGGAACAUCCAGAGUGACGAACGUUCACUCGAGAUUGGACGAUUCCGGAACAGGGGAUUCGCAUGGAAUUUUCGCGCAGAAAACUAAAGUUCUAGUACCCGCUGGUCACAGAAUCGUCGUGUCGAAUUUACAGCAGACCGUAACUCAAGAUGACAUCAAGGAGUUGUUUGAAGAUAUCGGCCAAUUGUUAGUUGCUAAAUUGGUGCGUCCUGGUGUUGCUGAGGUCAUUUACAAGAACUUGAAGGAUGCCCAGAAAGCAGUGGAUACUUACCACAAUAGGCAAUUAGACGGGCAACCGAUGAAAUGUCUUUUAGUUAACAAGAGACCCCUGAAUUAUCCUACAGGACCCGCACUUAUGAAAUCCGAAUCUUUAAGUGUAGCGCCUAGACAAAAGCCAGUCGUACCGCCGUGUUCGCCUGAGGAUUCUUUGGUACCGGACGUUCGCACUAUACAUAAAGUUCUUUUCCAUCGGAAGUAAUGUCUCGAAGAAUCUAGGAAUGUUCGUAGUUUUUAUUUAACGAAUAGGCAAUUUAAGGAUGUCUCCAUGACGAAUCCACUUGUAAUUCCUUUUUUUUUUUAACUGUAUUGAUUCUGAUUAAUUGCGUGUUUUUCUAUUUCUCUGUAAAUUUUAAUUUAAAUGAGUAAGUUUUUUUAUGUCUUGCAUACACCGUUUGAGUUUAGUUAUGAACCCUCUCAGAGGUUUCUAUUUUUAUGAUUAUAAAAUAGCCUUAUGUAAUCCGCAUUUGUGUAUAAUUACGGUUUAUUUUGGUUAAUAAACAAAUCCGUUUAAAAACCAUCCAAGUUUUUGUUUGUAGAUUCACAAUUUAUUUAUUAGUUCAAAUGAAUAAGUCGAUGGCUAUGUUAGAAAACGAUAUAAUUUGACUUUUAUUUCACUCUAACAUAAUCACAAUUGUAUAAUUUAUACAUCCACAUACAAGUUUAGAUGAUUCUCCAAUUUGUAUACAUAAGACAUUAUACAUAACGCCCUAAGAAAAGUUUAAGGAAAUAAAUAAUGUGUGAUUUCAAUGAUUUAUCUUUUGUGAUACAAAUUGCGAAUUGUAAACUUGUCGAUACAGAAGUAUUUGAAAAUUUUUGAUACUAAAAAAACCAUUAACACAUUUUAGUUAUUAUAACUACGUAGUGUUCCUACAAAAUGUAAUUUUUGAACGAACUUAAAAUUAAGUUGUUACUCUUGGAACACAUUAUACAAUUAAUACAUACAUAAGUAGUUUUAUAGCUAAAACGUUGGCACAAUCGAAAUACAUUUUUUUUAAUACAGAAAAAUUGGAUAAAAUCGAUUUCAUCGUCGAAGCAAUGUUUGCUGCAUAAUUUCCACCUAAUUUAAUCGAAAAGUAUUGAAUUUUGAAUCCUUUAUAUACAUUAAUACUAAUAAAUAUUACCAUUGUAUGUAUAAACUUUCAUUUCCACAUAUCUUACGUAUUUUACAAUAAUCUCAAUCGUAAUCAGUUGCAAACAAAAAACAUACAAACGUGGCAUUUAAAAAUUCCUCAUCCUCAGUAAAAAAAAAUUACUUCCUUCUCUGCCUAAACAUCUCCCGUUCGCGCUUCUUCGAAUCCGCGUUCCUCAACACCUCCGCGUAGGAGAGAUCCAAUUUCUUCAGCUUGUUCAAGUCCUGCGAGGCGGUGCUCGGCUUGAACUCGUACUUCACGCUGCCCUGGCUGGGCGUCGGCGAGGCCAAGUUCCUAUUCGAGUAGAAUUGCAGCGUGUUGCCGUUCCAGCACGACGCCGGAUCGACCGCCUCCUGGCUCCUGUUGCCCGACUUCUCCCUGCGGCGCCUCCCCGAGUUCGGCCUGCUCGAGUGGUAGAUCUUCGGGCUGCCGAUGAUGUGCGUCACCGGCGAGUCCGAUCGCUCCACGUACUUGUUCUUGCGCUUGGACGACGAUCGCUUCCUGGACUCGCUGCCCAUGUAGUCCAGGGGCGGCUUGACGAGCGGCCGCAGGAGCCUCUGCUCGCCGGAGCGCUGCGCGUCGGGGAUCGGCUGGUUCUGGGACUGUAUGAUGUUCUCGAUGAUGGUGGUGGGCUCGUUUUGGGACGUGGAUAGUUCGGACAUGGUGGAGGACACGACGCUCUGGCUGUCGUCGUCUGGAAAGUCGGGGAGCUGGUCGUUGGAUGGCGUCACGGGGGGAACUUUGGGGGUUAGUUUGAUCGGCGCGUAAUCGUCGAGGAGGGGUAGAUUGUCUUCCUCCUCUUUGUUUUCGGCGGCUUUUUUGAGGACGUUGAAGAUCUCUUUGAAGAGGUCGCGGUACUCCGGCCUGUCUCUGAACCUGGAUUCGAUCGGGCCGCCGUCGUCGUAGAUGCUGAACUUGCAGUCGUCGCCGUCGGCGAUGGUGCACAGGAAGGCGCCCACCCGCCCUUCGGUUUGCGUGGCUUUGUUGCUGGUUUCCUCCUGGAAGCCGGACGAGCUGGUCUCCGCCUCGGAGAAGUCCGUCGGGGUGGAGAACGUUUUCCUCGUCUUCUUGUGCUGGAGGCUGUCGCCGUGGCCGCUCUCCUCGUCGGUGUCCUUGGUGCUGGUGCUGGUGAAUUCGCCGGAGAUUUGCAUGUCUUCGUGUCGAGUCAGCGGCGUCGUUUUCGCGGAUUUGCUGUGGAUUUCGACGAGCGCCUCGUAUUUUUCGACCAGCUUUUUGUAAGGGUUAUUCUUUUUGGUUUGCGUCUGCGUCGAUUGGGGGUACGCCUAA